AUGGAUGAUGAAGAGAUAGCAUCUGUCAGCUCAGAAGAAGUAAGACAAGCACAAAGAAAGAUGAAAAACAGAAAAUCAGUUGGACUGGACAACAUACCAGUGGAGGUGCUUAGGGAAUACUUGAUUAGAACUCUUAACAGAGGUAUAAAGUCCAUGUCACACACAGUGAAGAUAUGGCUAAGAGGCAUAGACAGAAGAUUGAGGGAUAUACUGAACAUCUGUGAGGAACAGUUUGGAUUUAUGCCAGGUAAAGAAACAACAGAUGCCAUUUAUGUGCAUAGACUCCUAAUGGAAAAAUACCGAGAGGGUCAGAAAGAGUUGCACUGCAUAUUUAUAGACCUAGUGAAACCUUAUCACCGAGUGCCUAGAGAGGAAGUGUGGAACUGCCUGAGACAGAAAGGAGUUACAGAAAAGUAUGUGAAAUUGAUACAAACCGUGUACAGAGGAGCAUGUACACAGUUAUGA